ACAAAUUGUAAUAUUCGUCUAACAUAUUAACAUAAGUAAUUAUAGAUUAUAGAUGUAUAAACAUAUGCUAUUCUCCGUACGUUUCCGGGCAAGAGAGGGGCAGCAGUCGAGAUAUAUACCCCCUGCGUAUGCGCAGACCUAUAGUGUAGGCUCACUCCUCAAGAUGAGAGCUCUCACAUACACGCUACUGUUAGUGGCCUUUGCGGCUGCGUUAGCAGUCCCCGUCCCCCAGGAGGUAGCAGAGGCGACCAGAGAGAAGCGCUCUCCGGGCGGCUGGCACCAGCCCGAGGGCGUGUGGAAGAAGAAGCUCGUCUGGAAGGAGGAAUGGAAGCAAAUCUGGAAGACCGAGAAAAAACUAGCCUGGAAAACAGAGUGGAAGAAAGAAAAAGAACCAGCGUGGAAAACUGAAAAAGUACAACAGUGGAAAGAAGAACAGGUGCCCGCUUGGAAAGUAGUACAAAAACCAAUCUGGAAGGAAAUACAAGUACCCAUCUGGAAAGAGGUUCAAGUAGCAGACUGGAAGAAGGUUUCGAAACCAGUAUGGAAAGAAAUCAAAGUGCCAGUAACCAAGACUAUUCAAGUUCCCGAAUGGAAACAAAAUUACGUCCCGGAAUGGGUGAAGGAAGGCGUUCCCGGAGAAAAGUUCUUAGGCAAAGAUGAUCAUGGAUGGGAAUAUACCAGCCACGAUUUAUGGCGAAAGAAGAUGAUCUGGAAACCCGUAUGGAAGAAAGUCUGGAAAACUGAGCACAAGCAAGAAUGGGUAACGGAAAAGAAACUAGAAUGGAAAGAAGAAUGGAAACAGAUCUGGAGGACUGAGAAGAAGCAGGCGUGGGUGACGGAGAAAAAGCAGGAAUGGAUAGAAGAGAAAGUACAAAUAUGGAAGACGGUAAAGGUAGAAGUCUGGGUGCCAGUACAGAAAAAGAUCUGGGUAGAGAAGUGGAAGCAAAUUCAAGUACCAGUAUGGAAGACUGUUGAAGUUCCAGCGUGGAAGAAGGUAUGGAAACCAGUUUGGCAGAAAGAGUGGGUGCCGAUCCACCACGAGCAUCACAGAUGGGACUAAUUAGGUAACCGCUUUCUUUACAUUUCAUUACCAUAUUAUAAUAAUGAUUGUAGACAAAGAUACUGUAGAUACUUUCGAUAGUAUCUCAUAUCUCGCUACGAUCAUUGCCAGUCUAAAAUAUGGUAGUGCAAUGAGGGUUUAGACAAAAGGAUAGACCAUAGGAGUAACUUUAUGUAAUCUAUUUUUGUCUUGUGGUCUAACGGCUGAAACAUAUUUGUAUAUAUGGAAUACCAUUUUGUAGUUUCGUCGGUCCUUUUGCCUUCCAUUGUAGUCACUUUGUUAACUAUUGUUACCAGUUACCAAUUGUAAAUAUGCUAUUAUAGUACUCGAAGGGGUGUAGUAGCGGUAGUUCGCCAAAACUGUAGUGUUAUGACUACGAUUUAAAGCCAAAUCUUCUUAAUCUGCCAAAAAACCCUACAUU